UCGUCACGAAGAACGCAAGCGCCACUUGGUGACAACUGCAAGAAACCUGUUGCGAUACAAGAGGUAAAAAAAAAAAAAAAAAAAAAAAUCCCAAGGAGACGGAGGUCGCGCGCAUUGUUGAAAUAGUAAACAAACUGCUGCCGUGGCGAGCGGCCUUCGACUUGUUUCAUUCAGCUGCCACGUCUUCAAAUCUCUUGCCGCCACAGUCAUUUCGUUAUCUCUGCCCGUAUCCAGCAGUGCAUUCAGAUCAUGGUGGUCCUAGGGAGAACAGCAAAGAUAGUUUUGGGCUCUGGAGCUCUGCUUUUGGUGCUGUGGGUUACCCUCCUAGUCUUCAGUGCUAAUUCGAUUGAGGAAUCUUCGUCCCCAUCUUCACAACCUCUCAAAGAUGUGAAAAAACAGCCACAUGUAACGAAGAAGAAGAAGAAAACACAAGAGAAGGAACCAGAUACGCCAUGGAGGAGGUACAAUCUGAAAGAGCUGGCUAUCCCUGAAAGUGCCAAACAAGCUGCUAAAAACAUCAAACCUGUCCCUCUGCCUCUGUCUGUCAGGAGGAUUGAAACACAUUCUAUCGUGGUAAACCCCCCAGAGGUAAAAUCAAAACUGACCUUUGUCUUCCUUCAUGGAGCAGCGUUCAAAUCCCAAGAUUGGGCUGAUCUGGGUACACUAGGGCUCCUGGGUGCUCUCGGGUACAAGUCCAUAGCUGUAGAUCUUCCAGGAUUUGGUAAAACUACAACACCUCUGGAUGGCAUCAGAGACAACUAUGUCAAUAAAGUGGACUACAUGACAACUCUGAUGAAAGAACUGCAGCUCAAAGAAAAGCAGAUUGUUUUGGUUAGUCCGUCCAUGAGUGGCAAUUACGCUCUCCCCUACAUCCUUACCCAUCCAGAAAUGGUGGCAGGGUUUGUCGUCAUUGCCCCAGCCGCGUCUGGCAUAGUGCCACCCAGCAAGGUCAAAGCACUCCAGGUGCCUACCAUCCUAAUUUAUGGAGAUCGAGAUACCUCACUGGGUCCCACCUCUCACCGAGAUCUGAAAACCAUUCCGAAUUUUCAGGCAUUCGUCUUGCCCAAGGCCGGCCACGCUGCCUAUCUCGAUCAACCCGAUACUUUCCACUCGCUUUUGUACAAUUUCGUUAAGAAAAUCGAUGCCCAUCCACGAUGAAUGAACGUCUCACAAGGUGACCUACAUGGCGAAACAAGAAAUCACGUUUCCUACGAUAAGCUGCUUAUUAUAAACUUAAGGUCACGACUAGAUUGAACGUGAUCGAUUGAUAUCAAUCAAUGAACAGACGAAAUUUGCAGGGUUGUCAUUCUUUCACAAGGUUUUGUUUUUCAAGAAAAUAAAUACGUGUUUUGAAUUCA